UUGGACUGGAGUCUGGAGUGAAAGAUUGGAUGAACUUCAUGAAUGACGCUAGAAGUAGAAGAAGCUGUUGCAUCAUCCUUCUAAUAUUGUAAGGAUGGUUUUUAUAGAGGAAUUAAGUAUUAUUGGUGUGAUGAUUGUUCACCUCCUGAUUUGUCCUUAUACCAAAGUUGAAGAAAGUUUUAAUAUUCAAGCCAUACAUGACAUUCUCUUUCAUAAACUUGAUAUUGAACAGUAUGAUCACCUUGAAUUCCCUGGUGUUGUUCCAAGAAGUUUUCUCGGACCACUAGUCAUCUCCUUUUUAUCAGCUCCAAUGGUUACACUCUCUCAAAACUUAUACCUAGAUAAAUUCUUCUGUCAAUACAUAGUUCGUUUUUGGCUUGGUAUGGUUGUAGCUGUUGGUUUUAUUUCCUUUACAAGAGCUGUGGGUACAAAGUUUGGAAAAGGAGUUAAAUUAUGGUUGAUAAUAUGCAGUUUAACUCAAUUUCAUUUUGUAUUUUACAUGUCAAGACCACUACCUAAUGUAUUUGCCCUGGCAUUAGUUUUGUUUGCUCUGUCUGCCUGGUUACGUGAACAAGAUGUUUUGUUUAUAUGGCUGUCAGGUGCAUCAAUUAUAAUUUAUCGUUCAGAACUGUUUUUGUUCUUGGCUCCCUUGUUCAUGACAGGUAUCAUCUUAAGAAAAUUCAAGUGGUUAUAUCUGGCUCACCUAAUAGCUCAUUCUCUACUAGCAGCAGUAAUUCUUUUAGGAUUAACUGUUUUAGUUGAUUCUUGGUUCUGGAGAAGAUGGUUGUGGCCAGAAGGAGAAGUGUGGUGGUAUAAUAUUAUUCUAAAUAAAUCCUCAAACUGGGGUACUCAACCAUUUUUAUGGUAUUUUUAUUCAGCACUGUUACGAGCUUUAUCUGUCACCUUUGUAUUGGUACCUUUUGGUGCUUUAAUAGAUAGAAGAACACGAUAUUUAAUCUAUCCAGCCAUUCUCUUUAUCUUUCUCUAUUCCUUUUUACCACAUAAAGAAUUACGAUUUAUCAUCUAUACCUUCCCAGUGUUCAAUGUUGCAAUUGCAGCUGCUCUUCAUUAUUUAUGGAUAAAAAGAAAGAAGUCCAUAAUGUAUUUAUUUGGUAUAUGUUUAUUAGUUGGUAACAUUAUGGCAACAAGUGGUUUUCUCUAUAUAUCACAUCAUAAUUAUCCUGGUGGUCAUUCUUUAUAUACUUUACAUACUCUAGAAAAUAAAUCAGAUAAAAUCAAAGUCCAUAUUGAUGUAUUCAGUGCACAGACAGGAAUCACAAGAUUUACUCAAAUCAACAAUAACUGGGUAUAUAAUAAAUCAGAAGAUUUACCACCAAUUGGUCCAGCUGUUAAUAAAUUUACUCAUCUUUUACUGGCAGCAACAGAUUUAGAUUACAAUAAUAAUAAACUUUAUCAGUCGACACAUACUCUACAAUCAACCAUUCAUGGUUUUGCUGGAAUGAGCUUUAUGCCUCGUCGUUUUCCGCCGAUCUCUAUAAGAAUUGAACCAAAGAUUUGGAUUUUAAAAAGAAAUGGUUUCUCAUAAUAAAUCAAAUGUAUUGUAAA